GCUCGCGGCACCGCUGUAAGAAAGAAGGAAGAAGUUCGGCCUUCCAAAUAUAGCAGAGACUCCGAUCGUACGCCCUCCAUUUUGGACCCAUUUCAAGAAGCGUACGUGCAAUUUGUGAAUUGCCUUUUAAACGUUCAAGAUGCAGGGACUCUCACUAAAAUCUCUUAAAAAACACCCUUCUCUCAUCCCCCUCUUCGUUUCGUUGGGAGUUGGAGUUGCGAUGGCUGCUAUGUAUACUCUUCGUCUAGCAACCCAAAACCCUGAUGUUACAUGGGACAGGAAGAACAACCCAGAGCCAUGGCAAAAGUAUGCUGAAAAGCAAUACAAGUUUUAUUCGCCAGCUGGAUUCAAACCUAGCCAGGCACCUAAAUAUGAAGAGUGAUUUCCAUAAAAGAGUUCUUUUAUAGUCUCCUUCAUGAUUGAAAUUCCUGGAUAAUGUUGAAAUAAAAAGAAUUGGUAGUAUUUCGUAAACCAUUAACUGAACAGUAAACUAAAAAAAAAAAAAUUACAUUAUGUAAGAACACGUCACUUUCAAAAUGCCAAUUAUCAAAAUUGCUGGCUGAACUGACAAUAUUAGGUAUUGGUGGGUUAAUUUUACAUUGUACGUAAGAGGGCUAACCCCCUUGUAAAAAUUGGCAUCAGUUUAAGGUGUCUGUAUAAAAAUAAACAACUGAAAUCGAAA